CUCUAACUCUUACUUGGAGGGCUGAAAGGGACAAGGUGAAAGAAAAACAAUUUGGUGAGUUUUUUUCUUGAAGAGAAAUUUGAAAACAGAGAAAAUGGCUGAGAAAGACACAUUUCUUGAAAGCUACCUGAGCUGCCAUGUGUGUUCAGAGACUUUGAAAGACCCUGUAACUCUGAUCUGCAACCACAGCUUCUGUUUAAACUGCCUGCAACAAUUCUGGGAACAAGCUAAAAACACAAACUGUCCCAUUUGUAAAAGAAAAUCCUCUAAAGGAGAUCCUAGAGUGAACUUUGCUCUGAAGGAACUGGCUGAUUCCUUUGAGGUGAGAAGAAAAUCUGGAUUAUCUGAGACAGAAAAGCGAGAGAAGAAACUAACAGUGGUGUGCAGAAAACAUGAAGAAGAGCCUAAACUGUUCUGUGUGGACGAGCAGAGAGCUGUGUGUUCUGUCUGUGACUUUCCUCACCAGCAGAGUCACAAAGUGGUUCCUGUAAAAGAAGCAGUCAGUGUCCUAAAGAAACAUCUAAAAUCUUACUUAAAAUCUCUGCAGGACAAGAGGAACAAAUACAAACAAGUGGAGAAAACAUACAAUGAAGUGCUUCAACACUCCAAGAAGCAGCUGUUGUCCACAGAGAGGCAGAUCAGAGCAGAGUUCAACAAGCUCCAGCAGUUCCUGAAAGAGGAAGAGGAGUCCAGACUGGCAGCUCUGAGGGAGGAAGAGGAGCAGAAGGGGAGGACUAUCAGCAGAGAGAUGAGGAUGAUUGAGGAGCAGAUCUCCUCUCUGUCAGACAGCAUCUCUGCUGUUGAAGAAGAGCUGCAGAAACACAGCGUGCCAUUCCUCAGCAGUUAUAAAGACACUCAGAGCAGAGCCAGAGCCCAGAGCUCACUGUCAGAUCCACAGCUGGUCUCAGGAGCACUGAUAGAUGUGGCCAAACACCUGGGCAACCUGUCCUUCAGAGUGUGGGAGAAGAUGAAGGAGAAGGUCCACUUCAGUCCUGUCAUUCUGGACCCAAACACUGCAAACCCCUAUCUCUAUCUGUCUGAUGAUCUGACCAGUGUGAGACAUGGAGACACAUGGCAGCAGCUUCCUGAUAAUCCAGAGAGAAACACAAAAUAUGCUAAUAUUCUGGGCUCUGAGGGUUUCAGGUCUGGGAAACACAGCUGGGAUGUUGAGGUGGGAGACCAUCCGACCUGGAAUGUGGGGUUAAGUAAAGAAUCAGUUGACAAAAAGGGAGAGCUUUUUGUUUCACCAAAAUAUGGAAUCUGGUGUUUAUUGCAUAAAAAUAGAAAAUACAUUGAUGGUGUUGGUCAGACUGUGACAGUGAAGAAGAGUCUCCAGAGGAUCAGAGUCCAGCUGGACUAUGACAGGGGGGAGGUGUCCUUCUAUGACCCUGAAGACAUGACUCACAUCUACACUUACAGAGACACUUUCACUGAGAAACUCUUCCCAUAUUUUAGUAUUGGAAAGGCAGGAAAUGCCAAAACGUAUGAUAUCAAAAUCUGCCAGACUGAGAUUUGAUUGUGAAGUGUGUGAAAAUAUUUGUUUCUAUAUGAAAAAGCAACUUUUCAUAUAAAAAUCUUGUGAGUCACUAAGGUCUAAUUUGCCUUCUGUAUAAAAAUUUUUGCUUUUCAUAUUCUUGUUCCUUUAAAAUGCAUGUUUUCACAAUAUUUCUGUUGUUCAUACAAGUAGUUUAAUCAUGUCAAAAUGUGAAUGAUGCUAAUUUCUAUACUUUCUAAAGUUGAGUGUGAACAGUAAACUGUGACACUUCUUAGAAAAUGAUUCAACUUGUGUCACUUCAGCAAGAGCCAACUUUACAACUAAAAGAUCUAAAUGUUCCUGAUUAUCAGCAUCUUGCUUUCACUUAAAUAACAUUUUAUAGUAACACAUGUGAGCUUUAAAGAUCUUCAAAUUCAAAGAAAUUACUUAAAAAUUUUGAAACUGUAUCACAUCAGCAGGUUAAAAAUGUUUAAACGGAUAAAAUUAUAACAUGUGUG